AGAGCAGCUUCUCCUGAUUCUGGCAUUCACUCAAUUAAGAGUGACCGGUCUAAAGACUGCAGUAAUGAACCUGGACCCUCAGACACAAAAGGGAAGAGGAAGAGUGGUGUUCCUGUGGAGCAGCAGCUGUCCAGCUGUGCUCUGUGUCAGGACGUCCUGAAGGAUCCAGUCUCUACCAGCUGUGGACACUGGUUCUGCAGAGAGUGCAUCGCCUCAUACUGGGAGCAGCUUCCUCCAUCAGGAGACUCCUGCUGUCCUCAGUGUGGAGAAAGAUGGAGCAUUUUACAAAGAUCUUCACUGAGCUCUACAUCACACAAGGCCAGAGUGAAGAGGUUAAUACCCAACAUGAGGUGAGGCAGCUGGAGACAGCUUCCAAGAAAGAGACCCUCCAUGACACUCCAAUCAAGUGCCAGGACAUCUUCAAAGCCUUACCUGACCAACAGACUCUCAUCAGAGCGGUCCUGACCAACGGAGUCGCUGGAGUUGGAAAAACCUUCUCAGUGCAGAAGUUCACUCUGGACUGGGCCGAGGGUUUGGAAAACCAAGAUGUCAGUCUGGUGAUCCCACUCUCCUUCAGGGAGCUGAACCUGAUCAAAGGUGAGCAGUACAGUCUUCUCAGGCUGCUCCAUGUUUUUCAUCCAACCUUACAGAAGGUCACAGCAGAGCAGCUGGCUGUCUGUAAAGUGCUGCUCAUCUUUGACGGCCUGGAUGAAAGCAGACUUUCUCUGGACUUCAGAAACAAUGAGGUUGUGUCUGAUGUCUCUCAGAAGUCCUCAGUCAACGUGCUGCUGACAAACCUCAUCAGGGGGAAGCUGCUUCCCUCGGCUCUCAUCUGGAUAACUUCCCGACCUGCAGCGGCCAAUCAGAUCCCUCCUGAGUGUGUGGACAGGGUAACAGAAGUACGAGGCUUCACUGACGCCCAGAAGGAGGAGUACUUCAGGAGGAGAUGGAGUGAUGAAGACCUGUCCAGCAGAAUCAUCUCUCACAUCAAGAGCUCCAGGAGCCUCUACAUCAUGUGUCUGAUCCCAGUCUUCUGCUGGAUCACUGCUGCAGUUCUGGACCACAUGUUGACUACAGACCAGAGAGGAGAGCUGCCCCAGACCCUCACUGACAUGUACGCACACUUCCUGCUGGUCCAGACCAAGAGGAAGAAGCAGAAGUAUGAAGCGGGACAUGAGACGAGUCCACAGCAGCUGACGAAGGCGGACAGGGAGGUUCUUCUGAAGCUGGGGAGGCUGGCGUUUGAACAUCUGGAGAAAGGAGACAUCAUGUUCUACAAAGAAGACCUGCAGCGCUGUGGUCUUGGUGUCACCGAGGCCUUGGUGCACUCAGGAGUUUGCACAGAGAUCUUCAAAAGAGAGAGUUUGAUCUUUGAGAAAACAGUCUACUGCUUUGUUCAUCUGAGCAUUCAGGAGUUUCUGGCUGCAGUCUACUUGUUCCACUGUUACACCAGCAGAGACACAGAGGUACUGCAGGACUUCCUGCAGGGAGACGGGGACGAAGACAACAGUGAUAGCAGUGAUGAUAACAGUGAUAGCAGUGAUCAGGGUUACCCAUCCCUGGAUGUCUUCCUGAAGGGAGCCAUGGAGAAAUCCCUCAGAAGUGAAAAUGGCCACCUGGACCUGUUUGUCCGCUUUCUCCACGGCCUCUCUCUGGAGUCCAACCAGAGACUGUUAGGAGGCCUGCUGGGUCGCACAGACAACCGUCCAGAAAUCAUCCAGAGAGCCAUCAACAACCUGAAGGAGAUGAGAAGUUCUUCCUCUCCUGACAGGAGCAUCAACAUCUUCCACUGUCUGACAGAGAUGAAGGACCACUCAGUAUAUCAGGAGAUCACAGAGUUCCUGAAGUCAGGGAACAGAUCAGAGAAGGGACUCUCUGAGAUCCACUGCUCUGCUCUGGCCUACAUGCUGCAGAUGUCAGAGGAGGUUCUGGAUGAGUUGGACCUGGGGAAGUACAACACAUCAAAGGAGGGACGACGAAGACUGAUUCCAGCUGUGAGGAACUGCAGGAAGGCCAAACUUUCUGACUGUGGACUCUCAGAGACUGAAUGUGAAGUCGUGGCCUCAGCUCUGAAGUCUGACCCCUCUCACCUGAGAGAUCUGGACCUGAGUAAGAACUAUCUGAAGGAUUCAGAAGUGGAGAUGCUGAGUUCUGGACUAAAGAGUCCAAACUGCAGACUGGAGGCUCUCAGACUGAGGGGCUGCAGUUUGUCAGAGAUCAGCUGGGCUGCUCUGAUCUCAGCUCUGAAGUCCAACAUCCAUCUGAGAGAUCUGGACCUGAGUUUCAACGCUCUGCAGGAUUCAGAUGUGAAGCUGCUGAGAGAUCUUCUGGAGAGCCCAGACUGCAGACUGGAGACUCUCGGACUGAGGGGCUGCAGGUUGUCAAAGAUCAGCUGUUCUGCUCUGAUAUCAGCUCUGAAGUCCAACAUCCAUCUGAGAGAUCUGGACCUGGGUCUCAACGAUCUGCAGGAUUCAGGAGUGGAGCUGCUGAGAGAUCUUCUGGAGAGUUCAGACUGCAGACUGGAGACUCUCAGACUGAGGUACUGCAGCUUGUCAGAGAUCAGCUGUUCUGCUCUGGCCUCAGCUCUGAAGUCCAACAUCCAUCUGAGAGAUCUGGACCUGAGUAACAACGCUCUGCAGGAUUCAGGAGUGGAGCUGCUGAGAGAUCUUCUGGAGAGUCCAGACUGCAGACUGGAGACUCAUCCCUGCAGCAUCGAUGGUGAGACGUUCACAGCCAAGAUCCAGAAGACCUGUGACUCCGAUGUGGAACAGGAAGUGAAGACAGACAGCAAGGCUCCUGAAUCCUUCUCACCUGAACACACAACUGAGUCUUCAUACAGGUUCAGGUGUCCUGGUCCAGGUGAGUUCCAGUGUGAUUCGACUGGCCUGGUGUUCGUCAUGGCUCAGGAGGCGGAGCUUCUGUACAGGACGGUCCCUUGGGAUGAGAGCUUCCUCCAAUCAGCUGGCAAGCAGGCAGCAGGGCCGCUGUUCAACGUGAAGAGUUCUGAUGAAGCUGCCGUCUGCCAGCUCCACCUGCCACACAGUGAGACAGAGGAUGCGCUGCUCCUGGACGGCCUGUUCUCUGUCGUCCACAUCACUGAUGAAGGCCUGAGCAUCUUGGAGCCGCUGGAGGUCACACGCACUCACGUGGUGGUGAAGGUGCCUCACCUCUCUCUCUUUGGCCUGGUCUGGGAUGUCAUUAAAAGGUGUCUGCUUCUGCGGGUAAAGGGCAAAAUUCUGGUGUUCCUUGACCCCCAGGUCAGAGAGGAGCAAACACUGGAUGUACAUCUGCUCCAGAAAAACGUCCCUAAGAAGGAGGUUGCUGAUCAACACAAACGUGCUGAGAACAUCACAAUCUCCACCGGCUGUGAGCUGGAACUGUUUAAAGGUUACAAAAAGACAAUUAUUGCUAAAUCUGAAAGGUUUUUCCCAGCUUUGUAAUUUCUCUGUUAUCGUAUUUCUUAUCAUUUAUAAGUUUAUGGCAGACCAACACAUUCUUGCGCAGUGCAACUCAGGCAGCCGUCUGGACGUCAAAUGUCCUGUGUGGGUUGCCGUACGUAACUGUCCAAUAUGGGGGGGUAUGACUACCCGAUUUUACGAAAGGCAACCCAAAUAGGACAUCAUAGAAAUUACAAAGCUAGGGAAGCUCUUUCAGAUUCAGCAAUAAUUGUCCUAUAAUAAAAAAACACAGAGAUUUGUUCUUGAAUCAACUUUUUUUUAAUGAAAUGUUCCUUUUUUUUCAGGAAGGUCAACAGAGAACGUUUUGGCCUAGACUAAUACAUUUCAGAUUUUAGAUCAAAUGAAAGACAUUCACAGUUAAGAAUGAGAUAUUAAUUAUUAAUGAUUGCCUACAUUUACAGUUUCUUAUUUCUCCAGUUUGGUAGCUGAAGUUAAAUCCAUUCCUCACUUAUUGUAAGAAUGUAAUUAACCCACUAAAAGGAGUUAUUCUCAAAUAAUCUGGAAAUCACGUUGUAAUAACAAUAACUCAUCUCUCUCGUUCAGAUUCAAAUGUUUUAAAGUAAAUUAAAGACCUAUCUUUUUAAUUUGGCUUAUCAUUUGGGGCAACUGUAAUUUGUUAGUAGAAUCACGCUGGAAGUAGUAAAAGUUGUAUUUCUGCCAAAACUAAACCUCUGAAAUAUAAAUGUUCCCACAGACUUUGAAACCUAAUGUUUAUCUUUAGUUGGAGCUUCUCCUUUUUCAAACCUUUCCUCCUAAAUGUGAGUUCAAAGCUCUGAUUAUCUCCUGAACAAAGACUAUGAACAUAUUCAUCUAAUAUCUAAUAUAUAUCAUUCCAAUAACUUGUAUAUAGACUCGUACUGCACUAUUCCACAUGCUC